AGAGGUGUGGAUAGCACCACCUAACAUAGGUGUUGGGCUGCUGCUGAUGGACCAGAGUUGAGUGCAGUGCUAACGAGACAGUGUCCUCUGUGGAGAGGUUCUCCAUGUAGGCAAACUGCAGGAUGUCCAGGCCAGCAGGGAUGGAGUCCUUGAUGUACGUUAGGAGGAUCAUCUGGAAGCACUUAAUGAUGACGAGGGUAAGAGCGAUGGGACGAUUGAGGCAGGUCAUGAUUGGUUUCUUGGGGACAGGAACGAUGAUAGAGGACUUCAUACAGGCAGGGAUCAUCGAGAGCUGCUGGGAGAGGACCAAGAUGUCUAGAAAGACCCCUGCUAGCUGGUCCACACACAAAAUGUAAGCGUCCGGGCUGACAUCACGUUUGGACCUGCUGCUUUGUAGAUGUUUACCUUUUUCAGAGAAGAGGUCACUUGGUGGAGCUGCAGGACGAGAGGUAAUCCCAGUCAGUGAUUUCAAAACAGUCCUGUAGAGCUGAGCAGGCCUCUUGUGUCCACACUUGAAUGGUUUUUAUCACCGGUCUGGUUCUGCAGAUCAGUGGCUUGUUGGCAGGAACCAAGUCCACAGAGAUGUGAUCUGAUGAACCAAAGUGUGUGGCUGCGACAGCUUUGUAUGCUCCUGGAUGUUACAUUAAACUUGAUCUUAUGUAUUAUUGUCUCUGGUCGGGAACUUAAGAAAUCCAUUGAACUUGGGGAGCACAUACUUUAAAUUAACAUGGUUAAAUUCCCCAACAAUUAUAAUACCCGCUUCUGGAAUACUGUUCAUUUGGCCAGUAACAAAGCAGUAGAGUUCCUCAAGAGCUAGUUUAGCGAUAGCUUUCGGAUGAAUGUAAACAGCAAUGAUUAUCACAGACCUGAGUUCUCUAUAGUUGAAAUGGUCUGCACUUAACUGCCAGGUUUUCCAGGUCAGGUGAGGAGAAGGUUCAAACUAAUUUUGUCGAAGUUCACCAGGAGUUGUGGAUGUAAAUUGCCGGACCUCCUUCCUUGUUUUCAUUAGCAUCUGCCAUUAGAACGGCCCGGUACAGCAUGUAGUCCUCCGAGGACCGUCCUCCAAUCCUAAUGCUUCGUCAGGGACUCUGUUGUCUCACCACAAUUCAGUGAAAAUCGCUACACAACUGUCUAACCGGAACUUGCCAGAGCUCGUAAGAUCCCUCGCCAGAUCGAGGGAUCUUUCGUUGGCUAGAGUGAGGCUCGGAAGUGUUGAUUCUGUAUGGGUUAGCUUUUAACUGAGUCAGCAGGCCUGCCCGACAGCCUCGCUGUCUCCUUUUUCACUUACCCCGUUUGCUUGGUUUCCAGAGUGGAUUGAGUGGAGCCUCCGUUGUCAGAUCGGGGUGGACAUAGUCCUGAUUCCAUGGUCAGCAUGGUUUGUGAACUCCCGGGUUAGGUCGCAGUUCCAAUAGCUCCUCUCUCUUGUACUAUAUAAGAACUUGAAGUGGUGAUAACACAAGUGAAAAAAAUAAAAUAAAAUCAUCUCGGCGGCUACAGAUCCCUCUGUCAUCGCCAUCUUCAAAAGACUACACAUACACUUGUAUGUGUAGUCUGAAAUAAAAAUAAAGAAGUAUAAAAAUAAAGAAGUAUUAUCCUUAUUAUAAAAUACAAAAUUGCAUAAUAAAUGUACAUCAAACCUUUAAAUACAGGCAAAAUCAAUCCUCAGACAAGUACUCAUCUGAAUCUGGCUAAAUAUAGCAUUCCUGAUUCAAAACUAAUACAAUGCUGUCAUCAAGUAGUUGAAUAUAAGUACAACUGCAUUACCAUCAGGCUGUCUGGAAUUUUCUCCAUGCAUCAGAAAGGAAACUCCGCCUUCUCUCUUAGAUGUGAUAACACAUGAUAUGAAUGUAAACCGAGGUAUAAAUAAGGAAUAACCCAGCAUUAAAUGCAGAUUACAAUAUGAUUAAAUAAGGGACUUUCAAACUAUAACAUUUCCAAACACAGUUCAAAAAGGUUUAUCAAAUAUGAACACUUGGCAUAACUUACUCUAUUGGUCAAGUACGUACACGACUGUAAACUGUAAACCACCUCAUUCUGGUUUACAGUCCCGUCUCCUACUGGAAAGUUCCGAACAGCGCAUGCGCACGAGCUUUCUUUCUCACAAAGCUGUCCCCAAAUUUGUGUUCAAAUUUGUUCCCAAGAAAGGCCACUCUAGGGAGGACCGUGGUGGUCACAGUUGCCCUGCAAAUCGUGGCUCUCUGGAGUUGGGUAAAAGGUCUUGCAUAGACUCGAUCCAUUAUCUGGACCUCAGCAGUGUUUGCUUGAAAAAACCUUGGUCACUUUUUGCCCAUCUGCCGCAGUAACUGUGGUAGUUGUGGAUCCAUCAGCAUCACCAUCAUGCCAGUCUUGACAUCUGGAGAAAGAUUUUGCCACUUUCCCCUGGUUUGCUGUCCAGCAGGUAAUAUUUAACAAAAUGCUGUCCCGAAUCUGUCAGCCAGUAUCUGUGAAUGUCUUCAUCACCUCUUGCUCAGCAGCCUAGGUUCCAGAUAAAAAACUUGGGGUAAGGAACCACCUUGUCGCCUCAUCAAAAGGCAGUUUUGUGUAACUGGGUCUGGAUCCGCUAAAUCUUUGGAAGCAUAUCCUAGGGGCCUAGAGUUUAAUAUGGCCUCAAUCCUGAUGAGCACAGUUCGAAGGACCUCCUCUAUGACAGUUUCUGAUCCCGGUUUGGAGUAGAGAGCUGUUUUAGCUGAGCGGAUCUCCCACUCUCAUGUUCCACCAAAAUUAGGAGCAGCUGGGAGGUUGGAUUUGUUGCUUUGCCAGAUGUUUUUGUAGAUUGGACUGAGCUGGUUGUAGGCUGAUGUGGUUCUGGUCCAGUAGAACCUCACUGGGCUGAUGAUGAAUUCUCCCCCUCAUCAAGUCCUGACUCAGCAGUUUUGCUCUUUAUGUCCAAGUUUCUGACUGAAACCUCUGAGUUCAGAGAGAAAGUGUUUUGGGAGAAGAUGAUCUGCAGGAUCCUGCUGCUCAUCAUCCUCAACUCAUGUCUCUGUGCAGCAACAUUUGUAGUGAAUGUGACACAGAGCUCCUAUCAGGCAGAGGAGAACCACAGCAUCACUCUGGAGUGGACCUUCACCACCAGACCCGACUCCUCUACCUCCUCCCUUGUCAUCUACUGUCAACUUAUUAAAGAUGAGAAGAAAUCAGUAAUUUUUCAUGUAUCUACAGGUGUUGAAGCUUCUUUGCAUUUAGAUAAAGAGUUUUCAGGACGAGUCCAGAGUGACAAAGAUGUCCUCAGAAAAGGACGAAUCAGACUCCAUGUGUCCAGACUGAGGACUGAAGACUCUGGACCAUACAAAUGUCAAGUGAACACAGACUAUGGACAGGGUUCUGCCAUUCUUCAACUGAAUGUUACAGAUGAAAAACAGCCGCAGAGAGACUUUCGGGAUUCAGUUACAGUCGCCAUAUUAACUCUACUUCUCUUGAUUGCUGGUCUGGUUGCUGGUGUCAUGGUUGCUAAUGUGUUGAUUGCUAAUCUCUGGGUAUGUUUGUAUAGACCGCCUGGAGGACGUCCCAAUGGUCCAACCAAGGAUCCAGAUGAAUCAAUGGACCUAAAGAUAAACAUCAAUGAUUCAGAGGAGACAAACUCCAUGAUUCACCUCUCAGCUGACCAUCCUCCAUCCACAUCUGCUCCAGAUGUUCAGAUCCAUUUGAUCUCAUGAUCUCUGGGCUGAUGUUAGGAUCCAGAGACUCUUCAGAUUGUUUACCUUUGGACUAUGAAACAGAAGUGAUCUAAGCAUAAUUACUGACUCCUGAAUGCUUCGUUCUGACAUUUUUUUACUUCUCUGAUCAAUUUUGAUUCAACAGUAACAGUUUCUGACAGUUAGUGGGGUUUUGCUCUUACUGAAAUUUAUCUAAGUAACCCAUCAGAGCAACAAUGUGUGAUUAUAUCUGACUUUUUAUCUUUAAUAAACCCUUUAAUAAACCCAUGGUACAAUGUCUCUAUUAGAGACAUUGUACCAUUUUAACAUAACAUUUAAAAAAUACGGUAGAACGAUAUCUAUGUAUGUUAUGGAGCUUAAACGAUCACCUCUUAAGUUUUUUUUCCCCUUUUUCUCAGCAAAAUAAACCUUUAUG